UAUUCUCCUAUCAUUUUUGACCUUUCAAAAUAGUCAUUUUCACAAAAUUGCCAUUGACACGGCACCAUUUCAAUUCAUCCCUUCGGCGAAAACCGUAACAAAAUAGAAAAUCUCUAUUUAUUCUUGCCCGUUUCAAAAAUCAAAGCCCUCCCUGGCCCCUUUUCCACCUCUGUCCAAUCGUCAUCGUUUUUUCCGUUUUCUCCCAUUCGAUAACUCCUAAUUUUUGUUUGUUUUUUAAAUUCGUGAAAAUUACAGUAUAAGCUCUCCAGAAUUAUCAAUUUCCCUCUGGAGAAAUUUCUCUUCUCGAUCUAUCCACGUCGGGAUUGAGAGAGAAGAGAUAAGAUAGAGAGAGAUGGCUCAUAGAGUAGAUCACGAGUACGAUUACCUUUUCAAGAUCGUUUUGAUCGGCGAUUCUGGAGUCGGAAAAUCGAAUAUUCUCUCUAGGUUCACCAGAAACGAGUUUUGUUUGGAAUCUAAAUCCACUAUCGGCGUCGAGUUCGCUACUAGAACCCUCCAGGUGGAGGGAAAGACUGUUAAGGCACAGAUUUGGGAUACAGCAGGUCAGGAGAGAUAUCGAGCUAUCACUAGUGCUUAUUACAGAGGAGCUGUUGGUGCACUUCUCGUCUAUGACAUAACCAAGAGGCAAACCUUUGACAAUGUUCAAAGGUGGUUGCGUGAAUUGAGGGACCAUGCGGAUUCUAACAUUGUCAUCAUGAUGGCCGGAAAUAAAUCCGACUUGAAUCAUCUCAGAGCUGUUUCUGAGGAGGAUGGUCAUGCUCUGGCUGAGAGAGAAGGUCUUUCGUUUCUUGAGACGUCAGCGCUGGAAGCAACCAACGUUGAGAAGGCAUUCCAAACUAUAUUGAAUGAGAUCUACCAUAUCAUAAGCAAAAAGGCGUUGGCAGCACAGGAAGCAGCUGCUAGUACCACACUUCCCAGCCAAGGAACUACAAUUAAUGUAGCUGAUGCAUCAGGGAACAAUAGGAAAGGAUGCUGUUCUACUUAAAAAGGUGAUAGGUUAUAUCUGAGGAAUGGAAAAUAUUUGCUAGCAAGCAGGCCUUUUCUCUUUUUUUUUUUUUUUUUUUUCCACUCUUUUUGUCAAUUUUUGGCUGAGAGAGAGAUGUGUAAAAUACUUAUUUUUCAACAGGACUGGGUCCGCCAGGACACUGUAUGGCUUAUUAAAAGUUUAUGGUUGUUAGAA